UCAAUUUUCCAGUCGAGCAAGUUCUUACAGGAAGCCAAAGGUAGAAAAUAAAUCAAAAGGCAGGUAGGGAGUGAUUGGAGGCUUGCUACCCUUUUUCUGGAAUUUAUUUCUUAAUAAACCAAACAAUCGACUUUGCAGCUCAGGAACCUGAACGCCACUGAAAAGCAGACCCUUUAGAUCGGUCUGGAGGGAAACGUAGAUUGGCGUCUGCAAAAUAAGUACCCGCUUGGCCUGCUGUGUGCAUCCAGCUUUACACUUUGUUACCUGCAGGUGGAUUAAGGGGGAUGUCCGGGACGCUACCGCUGCCGCAGAACACGAGGGACGAGGAAAGCGCCUCGGAGCGAGGAUCCGAGGAGGAGGACGAAUCUGCCGUGAGCCUGGAAACGUCGGAGUGCGGUGAUGCCCCACUUCUCCACACCUCAGACACCCUGGAGUAUCCCAAUGGAGGCCGGUUUCCAGUCGCCGAGGAGACGGGCCUGGAGAUGAAGGCUCUGCGCCAGGCCUCAGUGGCUGACGGGGCCCAAGCCCCACUGGGGAAGGGACUGGGCCCCGAGAGCGAGGUGUGGGUUCCUCCGCCAGUGGUUGAUCCCAACGUGCGGGUGGUCAUGGCCCGCACGCUGAGCAAGGAGUCGGAACGCCAGGCCUUCCUGACCGGCCACUGCCCCGUUCCCGACUCCGAGUGGCCAGGAGCCGACAGAGGGGAGGAGGGGUCGCAUGGGGGUGACAUGGGCAAACGCCCGUGCUGUCCCCGCUGCUCCCAGCCCAACCUCAAAGCCACGGCCUCCCUGGCUGGUGCCAUGCUGGUGUACCCUUGCUUCCUGUAUGGCGCGUACGUCUUCCUGCCCUUCGAUGUGCCAAUCAUGCCGGACGUCAGUGCCCGCCUGACGUAUACGCUCCGCUGCAGUGUCUUUGCCACCGUGCCCAUCAUCAUGGGCAUCAUCGUGUAUGGCCUGGCGAGGUGUUGCUGCUCCGCCAUCGAUCCCUUCGGGCCCCGCAUGCAGGAGGUGGACAUCCACCAGCGGUUUGUGACGGAUUCCAUCCAUCUCUUCGUCCUGUUCUUCCUCAACCUCAUGGUCCUCUCCACCUACCUCCCUCAGGAAGUUCUCAAACUCCUACCACUGCUCACCGCCUUCUUCGCCCUGGCCAGG